CUAGCCACAAAUGUCGGCUUUUACUGAGUAGUAAAACCCUUUAAGGCAUUCAUUUCCGUUGGUAUUUGAGUUCAAAAGUAGAAAGGAGAAUUUUCCUGAAUUCGCGAAGGAGGAAAAAGUAUAUUAUCUUACAGAAGUUGCCAUGCCGUUACCUAGCCAGAAAUAAAAUAUAACGUAAUAUACUUACUCUUAAUCUGACACAUUCACAUGUGCUUUCCCCCCAAAAGUGUAGUCAUUUUAGCUCCCUUAGCUAGGUUAGUUAAAAGUUUCACAAGUGUAGUCUUAACUUUACAGACAUUUACACUCACUGGCCUCUUUAUUAUAUUUAUCUACCUUAAUUGCCCAUUUUAUCAGCUCCACUUACCAUAUAGCUGCACUUGUUCUACAAUUAGCUACAGAUUUUCGUCCAUCCGUUUCCCUACAUGAUUCAUUAGUCUUUCUUUACCUCUUCAUCAAUGGUCAGGACCUCCAACAGAGCAGGUGUUUUUUGGAUUGGGUGGGGGAUCAUUCUCAGCACUGCAGUGACACUGACACGGUAGGGAGUCGGCCACACACACGAGUGUUUCCUGAGUUUUUAAGUAACUCAAUGUCACUGCUGGACUGAUCAUAGUCCACCAACCAGAAAAACACAGCAUUCUGUGACCAGAAUCCGACCACUGAUGAAGGACUAGAGGACGACUCGCACAAAUUGUGCAGCAACAGAUGAGCUGUUGUCUCUGAUUUUACAUCUACCAGGUGGACUGACAAGAUGACAAAACCAGAUCAUCAGUAAUCAUCUGAGAUAUUGCCCAAAAUGGAUGAGGAACUACAGGUAGAAACACAAACAAAAAAUGUGGUUGAGACUGAAGUGAAAGAAGAAGUUACUGAAGAAACUGUGAAGGAGGAAGAACAAGAAGAGGAAGAUGAAGAGGCAUUGCCCCAUUCUGAAUUUUUGGAUAUCUUUGAAGAAGGACUGGCUCUGAUAGUACAGGACCCUCUGCUGUGUGACCUGCCAAUCCAGGUCACUUUGGAGGAGGUAAACUCCCAAGUGGCUCUGGAGUAUGGUCAAGCCAUGACUGUGCGCGUGUGUAAAGCAGAUGGCGAGAUCAUGCCCAUUGUGGUGGUGCAGUCUGCUACUGUGCUGGAUCUCAAGAAAGCCAUUCAGCGGCACAUGGAGCUGAAGCAGCAGCGUGAGGGAGGUGUUAAACACAUCAGCUGGAAAUAUGUGUGGCGAACAUUUCAUUUGGUCUUUAAUGGAGAAAGAUUAGAAGAUGACAGAAGGAAAUUGAAGGAUUAUGGAAUCAGAAACAGAGAUGAUGUGACUUUCAUGAAGAAACUGGGGAAGAAAUGAGAAGGUGGUUCACUUGUGAGCAGAUUCUUCUGCUUGUGCUGAGAAUCUGGAGUCCAGAGGGAUGGAUAUGGGAGUAUGCAGACUGCUUUUCAACCACAGACUUUAAAUAUUAUAACCUGGUUCCUGGUGCUGUGACAUGAAGUGCAUUUCCUUGCUUCAACAGAACACGCUCUUGUUUCACGGGCUACAGUCAGCAUCAGGAGCUUUGAAUUAUAUAUUCGGUUUUUCUUCUGGUGUUUUGAUUAUUAUUAGUUUAUGUUUCAAUCCUCGUCUUUUUAUGGAACCAUUGUAUGGAUCAUUUGAAUCUCCUCAGGUUGAGUAUUCAGUUUUUUUGUACCUAACAGCUUCUUUGUAAUAAAGAGUAUUUUGUUUAUGCUUCAUAUGUUGCUGUGUUCUCGGGAGACUUGGGUUAGAUACAAAUUUGCCUCACUGAAAGACUGUUUUGACUGCUGAUGGACUUCAUGUAAUAGUGUUUAUUAAGGUGGCAACUGGUCCAGAAGGCUGUAUAUGAACAGAGGGAACUUCAGGGCUAGGAUAGUUGGAUAGAGCGGACCGUUUUUAUCUCCCUCACCAUUCGUCAUGCCUCCGCCAUCGAAAGAGCAGCAACUAGAAUCAGUCUGCUCAGAACUACAUGAGCUGUCGUUGCGCAGACAGCAGCUAAAUGACAGACUGAGUUUGUUGGCUAUGUUGAAGGGCUUCCGGAAAAAUGCGGGCUUUCAAGAGGAAGGAGAUGACUCCACUGAGCAAGACGAAUGUGAAAAGAUUGCAGAGGAACUCAAGAAGCUUUCGGAAAGGAAGAGAGAACUGCAAGCAAAGAAAGACGCACUUGAACGCAAUCAUGUACAAUUUACAGGUGCCACUUUUAUCCCAGCACCAUUAGAUGGACCUGACACACCUACGUCGUUUGGUAGUCAAAUAUUUUUUGUGGAUAAACCCCCUUCUUUUCCAGCUCCUCAGGUGAUUCUGGAUGUACAAAAACUGCCUCCACAUGCCUCUCAGACACAGUGCCCAUUCUGUGAACAGUACAUAACUACAGAGAUCAGCACCAUCACCGGGAACACAACCUGGCUAGUGUGCAUGGUGUGUACUUUCAUAUGUUGCAUAGCUGGCUGCUGUCUCAUCCCUUUCUGCAUGGACUCCUUCAAAGACAUUGUGCACAAGUGCCCCAAGUGUCGCAGUCAGAUUCACACAUGCAAAAAGAUGUGAAGGAUGGAAGAAGGGAUCCUCUUGGAGGAAAGAACACCAGCCUUAUUGUCCAGCCGUCCGAGUCCAUUUUAUUUGCUGCCAACAAGGAUGUGAUGGCGUCAAAGGAGCAAAGACUAAUGCAGACUCUGUGACUUGUGGAUAAAAGCUCCACUGCCCUCUAUGAAAGAAACAAAUCCUCAGUAAGUGGAAGCAUAGUUUAAAAAGCAGUGGAGCUUUCAGGUCUCACUGCUGCUCGGUCUGUGCUGGGAUUACAGAGGUUCUAAUACUCACUGAUGGGAACAAAAAUAGUGCAAUCAAGCAACAGACACUUAACUGAAGGACACUGGACAACAUCCAGCGUCUUAUUUUUCCUGAAACUCAACCUUUUUGCGGACAUUUUUUUAAUUUUGCUGACAAAUAUGAGAAUUUGGAAGUUUUCUUUUGGAAUCUUGGGGACUAGAAUUGAUAUAUGAAUUUAGAUUAAACAUAGAUCAAAACAUUGCUUAUAUAUUGUUGCUGUUGGAACAAAACUUUGGAUCUCAAAUAGUAAUAACUCAAAAACGUAAGAAUGUUUUUCCCUGUCAUUUUGGAUCAUUUCUUUUGGUCAUUUAUCAUGAAAAUUCAACAGUCCAAAGGGUAACUAGUUUUCAUAUUAUGCAAAAAAACCAGGAGAUAGAAGGUUUUUGCAUAUGGUCACAAUAUUCAAAAUAUUCAGCUAGCAAGCUAGUCAUCAAAGGAUUUUUUUCAACAAAGUGAUGAAACUACUGUUCAGUGCUCUUAUAGAAACAGUCUCUUGGGUUUUAAGUACACAAACAUUUUAAUGACACGAAAGGCUGUAUAUACAAUAAUGAUAUGUACAAAGGAAACUCCAAACAUCAUUAUUUACAGCUGCACAUGUGCUGUGCUGCAUUUGUAGAAAAUGAAUAAAUAUUUACACCGUGCAAAAAGAUAUGGUAUUACAGUCUACCAGGUCAGACACUAAUGGCAAAGAUCAACAAAGGUUGAAAAAGAAUUCCCUAUUUUCCAGCAUGUACUAGUUUUCACACAUCAGGGUCAAAGACCGUUGGAUAUGUAAUCACUUCCAAUGGCAUAUGUAAUUAUAUCAACAGCAAUUUUAACAUCAACUCUGACAUCUAUUGCAGGUCAAGGACUUCAAAGGCUGCUUUUUAUAUUGUUUUAAAGCACAUUUUGUAACUUCUGGGAAAUCUAACACUAGAUUCUGGGUUAGGAUGAAGACUGCCUUAAAUGUAACCAGUUAACAGUGUAUCUAGCAGAUCUUUUUGAUCUCUGACUUAAGGGGAAUUUUACAGAUUUUUCAAAUGUUCAGCAUAAUUUAAUUCUCCAGAGUGGUUUGGUGGGAAAUGGUCCACUGUACAGCAGAUUUCCUUACAGCAGUGGUGACAGGAACCAGGGGUCACAAUGUCUGCAGCUCAAAUAUAGCCAUUAUAUCUGCUUUCCAAAACAAGCAGUGAACUGACAUGUCUUUUGAGUUUUUAUCUUAUGCUGAUAAUGAUAAAUCUGUGAUAAGUCCUAAAAGCAUAGGUUUUCUGUGGGUACUACUUUGCAGUGUAAUGCCCAGAAUGAACCUCUCUUCCAUCAAUAGAUUUAAAUGUUUUAGACUCUAACUUUAUUUCAAACUACUGUAAAACAAU